GGCCAACAAAUCAGACAAGAAAAUUAGGGUUUGAGAGGAAGAGAAAGACGAAGAAGAAGAAGAAUCUUCGUACAAAAUCGCCUUCCGUCCUUUAAUGGCGAUAACGACGACUAUCUCUUCCUUCUCCCUUUCUCUUCCUCAAUUCACCUUCCGUAACAAACCCGCAAACCCUUCUCCUUUCCUCUUCCUCCUCCCUCGUCUCACCUCGCGCUUCCGUCCCCUCACUCUCACCGCCUCCUCAACUUCUUCCUCCAACAAUUUCAGCAGCGACGAUGGUGCCUUCUCCCUCGACGAUUUCACUCUCCAUUCCGAUUCUCGAUCACCACCUAAUAAGAAGUGCUUACUUGCAGAUCUUAUCCAAGAGAUUGAGCCGUUAGAUGUGAGUCUGAUUCAGAAAGAUGUUCCACUCACGACUUUGGAUGCAAUGAAAAGAACAAUCUCAGGGAUGUUGGGUCUUCUUCCUUCUGAUAGGUUUCAGGUUCAUAUCGAAUCUCUUUGGGAGCCUUUGUCUAAGCUUUUGGUCUCUUCCAUGAUGACUGGGUAUACAUUGCGGAAUGCUGAGUACCGGCUUUUUCUUGAAAAAAACCUUGACAUGGAUGACGAGGACCUGGAAAGCCACUCUACAGAAAAUACUGAAUACAAUUUGAAAGGGACUGAUACCGAACCAGAUGUCAAUUGUGAUGAAAAUAAUGGUUCAUCCACAAAGGAUAGCAAAACGCAAAGCCUCUCUGAAAUGAUUGAUAAAGAAGGUCUUGGCAGAGUAUCUUCUGAAGCUCAAGAAUAUAUCUUCCGUCUGCAAUCACAAUUGUCUUCUAUGAAAAAGGAAUUACAAGAAGUGAGGCGCAAAAACGCUGCUCUUCAAAUGCAGCAGUUUGUUGGCGAAGAGAAGAAUGAUUUGUUAGACUAUUUAAGAUCAUUGCAACCUGAGAAGGUAGCUGAGUUGUCAGAACCCGCGGCUCCUGAGGUGAAAGAGACGAUCCACUCUGUUGUUCACGGUCUUCUCGCAACCCUAUCACCGAAAAUGCACUCUAAAUUGCCAACAUCAGAAGCUCCACCUACUACUGAAACUGUAAAUGCAAAAGGCGAUGAAGAUUGUGCUGAACUUGUAGAGAACACUUCGCUUCAUUUCCAGCCUCUGAUCUCACUGACCCGAGAUUACCUUGCUCGUCUUCUCUUCUGGUGCAUGCUGUUAGGACACUAUCUCAGAGGUUUGGAAUAUCGAAUGGAACUAAUGGAGGUUCUAAAUUUGACAUGCGAUGCUAAUGGGUCUGAAAACGUUGCUUGAAGCUAUCUUUAUGUAUCUCAAUAUCGUCUUAAAUGUUUUGUAUCAUUGGCCUUUGCUUACAUCAAAGUGUGCAAGUGGAGUGUGGCCAGCGUUGGAGGUUUAGCCCAUGCACAUAUAUGCAAUUUGGAGUUAGCCUGACGAUUCAUGUGCAAGGAAAAGAGAUUGCUCUUGCUAAACUUUGUUGUGUUGCAGUAUUGUAUUACUGGACUUGUAAAGCAAUAAAGCUAAGUGUAACUGUAUUUGGGAAUAUACUUGUUUGAUGAAGGAAAGAAAUGCGAGUGCUCUUAAUC